GUGUGCAAUAAAUCAUUAAUCAACAAUUUGUAAAUGGAACUUUUUUUUGGUAUUACUUGAUCUGCUCUAUAGUUGAAGGCCAUAAAUCUUGAAGGUCAUGAAAACUGGAUCAUCCACUGUAUGGUAAUGAGUGCACAAGGGAACCAUCUUUGGACCAUUAUCCAAAGAGGUUCUAAAGAUCCAGCUUAGACGAUUACUAUUGCAGUGAAUGAUCCAAAGAGGUUCCAACUGGUUCAAAGAUUACCAUGCAGUGAAUGACCAGCUGGAAACCCCCAAAAGGCUAAACCUAUCCAAAGAGGUUCUUUGGUAAUGAAAUGAAACAUAUAUGCGUGCCAGGAUAGAUCUUGAAACUACAACUUUGUGCAAAUAACUAUGCCUUCAAGGAAGAUGGAUGAUUGGGAGGAUGAGCCAACCCCACCUCGUCAUGUAAAGGAGCAACACAAAAUUAACUGGGAUGAUGAAGACGCAGAUGGAAUUGAUGUUAAGGAGUCAUGGGAGGAUGAAGAUGACUCUACUUCGGCACCAACACUAGAACCUCCUGCAGAAAAUGGAACAAAAAAUAUGUCGAAGGCUGGAGACAAGAAAGCAAAGACUUCUGAAAUAGCAAAGGAAGCUUCUCUGGAUCCUCUGGCACAGAAGCUCCAACAACAAAGAAUUGCUGACGAGGGCGAUCCUAAAUCCAGUGAAGAACUAUUUACAGAGAGUGGCAAUGAGAAGUCCCUUGACAACUUAAUUCCCAAGUCUGAAACCGACUUCUUAGAAUAUGCUAACCUCAUUUCUCAAAAACUGCACCAAUAUGAGAGAAGCUAUUAUUACGUUGGAUUACUGAAAUCUGUCAUGAGGUUGUCUAUGGUGGUUCUGAAAGCAGCAGAUGCAAAAGAAAUUGCUUCUUCCGUUACUGCAGUUGCAAAUGAAAAACUCAAAACAGAGAAAGAAGCUGAUGGCCAUAAACGGAAAGCAGGCUGCAAAAAGAAGAAGCUUCAUGUAGACAAGCCAGAGGAUGAUGCUCAUCUUAAUGCCUAUGAUGCUGUUGUCGAUUAUGAUUCUAUCUGAGUCCUUAGAUGAACUAGAUGACCAUUUUGCAACAUUGUAAAUAUAUUCCAGGAUCUACUUCCCCCAAAUGAAAACUGAAAGCCAAGAGAAAAGGAUCUGAUUGUUUUGUUGAACUUUGCAGAACUUUCUAGGGAAGGCGUUAAGGUAUUACCUGUUGUUUUGAAGUCAUUGCCUUCACUGGUUGGAACUUAUGAUUUGUAGGAUCUACUUGAACU